AUGGCACCAAAAAGGAAAGUAUCAGUCAUUAAAGACCAGUUCAAUUCAGCGGAACCUGAUAUAAAUGUGAAAAGGAAAAGACAAUGUAAGAAUGAACCUAGUAAUAAGAUCACUCAACCUAAAGAAAAACAGGCUGAAAAAGCUGUUAAAAGGAAUGCAAAAUCUCAAGUAAAAAAGGAAGUGACAGUAAAUCCUGUGGACUCUAAAGAUGAUAGUUCGCAUAGGAAACUCUCAGGUAAAGUCAAGAAAAAAACAGAAACAACAGUUCCAAAUGGUAAAUUAAAGGCACCAAGGAAAGGGAAGAAUGCCGGAAAAACAAACAACAGUGUAAAAGAAAAGAACUCUGGACAAGUAAAUCUUGAAAUUGCCAAAAAGCAAAACAAGAUUUGUAAUGAGUCAGGAUCUGAAAAAUUUAUCAAGUGUGAAGAUGAAAUUUCUGAUCUUGGUUAUUUUGAUCCUUUAGCAAGUUUACGUGAUAAAGCAAACAGCAUACAAAAUACAUCAGGAUUUGAUAUUGAUUAUAUGAGUUCUUGCAGUAGUGAUGACAGUGAGUCUGAAGUAGAGGAUCAAAAGUUGGCAUUAUCCUCAACAAGUUUGAAAACAAGUUCUAUUAAUGAGGGCAAAGUUCUUGGUAAAACCUCAGAAGAGUCAGAGCAAAAAAAGAAAGACUUGAUCACAGACGCAUCUGAAGUUUUGCAUUUAACAAACAGUUUAAGGUCUUCAGAUGAUGACUUUGAGACUUCACAGGUAACAACACCAGGCAGAAAGAGAAAAGCUUGUUUAAAGACAAGUGGAAGUGGUAAACAAGAAAAAAGGAAAAAAAUUAUCAAAACAAAAAGUGAGAAAGUGGAGAAAUCAUCCCAAAAGAGCAAAAGUAAGCAAUUAUCUACGCCAAAACACGAAAGUAAAGAUGGUGUUGUGGAAAGAUUGAAAGUAAUGAAAACAGAUGUUAUAAAAACAGAAAUUAAUAAGGGUAGACAGAAUCUAUUGAAACAUCUGGAUGAAUCUGAUGUAGCAUCUGUGUUGAUGGUGAUGGAGGGCAAAAAGAAGGGGGACAGCUCUGAGGCAGGUCCAUCAGGGUCACUCAAUGAGUCCAGUUUGUCUGAUGAAGAGAGCACCAUGGAUAGCAGUGAGGAUGAGGGAGGCUGGGAAGAUGUACAAGAUGACCCAUCUCAGCGUUCACCUAAGAAGAAUCAGCUGCCUGAAGGAGGUGUUGAAAUCACAAUAGAUGCUCCUGAACUUUUCAAAAAAAGGAAAAAGAAACAGUUUGACUGGAAGCAAUACGUACAGCGUCAAAUCAACAGAUUUCAGAAGGGUGUACGGGAAGAUAUUCACAAGGUUCACUUGAUGUGCCUACUUGUAAGAGGUAUGUACCUGAACAGAUUGUGUAACUGCCCACAUCUGACAGCCCAAGCGAUAUCCAUCACCCCUGAUGAGUUUAGCAGCCGUCACCCUAAUAGCAUCACCAUGGCAACGCUGUCUAAAAUGGUCGAAUGGUUCAAGUCAGUGAUUGCUAUCAAUGAAGGACAGUCUGAAAAAGAGGAAAUGGCACAUGUAUUACAAAAGGACUUUGAAGAGAAGAGGACAAACAAUCUAUUUGAGUUUGUACUACUGUUUAUCAUUCUACUUCGGAGUAUGGGUCUGGAAGUACGUCUUGUGAUGUCUCUGCAGCCAUUGUCCUCAAAACCUGUGAAGGAUGAGGCUUCAUCAAAGUUGAAGAGAAAGUCAUCAUCAAAUGGGAAAAGUUCAACUGCCGCUAAACCUGCUAAAAAAUCUGAGGUGAAGGCUGGGGAACACAAUGGAGAAAGCAAUUCACAGACUAAAAAACUACAACAGAAAAAAGGCACAAAGACAACAAAAGGAAAAACUUCCAAAUAUUUCAAUAGUUCAGAUGGUGAAAUGAAAGUUGUGAAAUUGAAAGGUAAAGCAAAUGCAAGGAAAACAGAUCUCAAGGAACAGGGUUGUGAUUUAAAAGAUGUAUCGGAAAAAUAUAAAAUGAAAAGUAGAAGUUUGAGGUCACGAGGUUCAAAGGUCAAACCAUCAAGUUACAAGCAGGGUAGUGAUGAGGAGGAAGAGGAGACUGACUCUGAUGAAAGUUUCAUACCAGUUAGUGACACUGAGAAUGAUGAUUCAGUAAAGCCGAAGAUCAAAAGGAAAACCAAACAAGUACAGAAAGGCAGGAAAUGUAAAGAAGUUAGGUCAGCUGAAUCAAAUAGCAGUGACAAUGAAAGUGACUUUGAACCGGAUCAGACACAAUUCCGUAGUCCUCUGACGACAAAGAAACCUUUGAAAAACAACAGAAAAGUUUUGUCUUCCGACUCUGAUGAGACCAAUAGUGGUAACACAGCUAGAUCAGGUUGUGACCAGUGGGUGGAAGUUUACUUGAAGACAGAGAAGAAGUGGAUAUGUGUGAAUUUCAUCAAAUGGGAACUCAAUGCACCAUACGCUAUAGAAAGUCAUGCAACUCAACCAGUUCAUUAUGUUCUAGCACAUGAUAAUAAGGGUCAUAUAAAGGACGUGACAGCAAGGUAUGCAGCCAAUUGGCUGACCGACACCCGUAAACUAAGGGCAGACCCCGAUUGGAUAGAGGAGAUGUAUGCCCCAUUCUUAGACCCUGAUACAGAAGCUGGAGAGAAGGAGGACACAGCCAUUAAAGAUACUUUGAUCAGACGUCCGAUGCCGACAAGUGUUGGGGCUUUUAAGGGACAUCCUUUGUAUGCCCUGAAACGUCACCUGCUUAAGUUUGAAGCUAUCUACCCAAAUUCUGCUGUACCACUUGGGUUUAUUCGGGGAGAGCCUGUAUAUGCACGGGACUGUGUUCAUGUUUUACACUCCAGAGAAAAUUGGCUCAAAGAAGGACGAGCCGUCAGGCUGGGCGAGGAGUCCUACAAAAUGGUAAAGUCCAGACCCAAAUGGAAUCGGCCAAAGGAAAAUCCAGAUGCACUUGACCUUGAACUAUUUGGAGAAUGGCAAACAGAAGAUUACAUUCCACCACCUGCUGUUGAUGGUAAGGUUCCACGGAAUGAAUAUGGUAAUGUGGAACUCUUCAAGCCCAGCAUGUUACCAGCAGGAACAGUGUAUUUGAAAGUACCUGGAUUAAACAAAGUUGCGAAAAAACUUGGUGUGGACUGUGUGCCAGCCAUGUUGGGAUGGGACACUCACUGCGGCUUCUCCCACCCAGUACUUGAGGGGUUUGUGGUGUGCGAGGAAUAUAAAGAUAUCCUACUGGCAGCUUGGGAUGAGGAUCAGGAAAUUCAGCGCCAGAAGGAGGCUGAGAAAAAGGAGAAGCGGGUGAUAGCCAACUGGAAACUGCUGACCAAAGGCCUCCUGAUUAAGGACAAACUGAAAGCAAGAUUUGACCUUCAAACAAAAGAAAGUUCAGAGAUCCAAUUGGAAAAAUGUGAUGAUCCUACCGCUGUCAAAGCUGGAGACUUUGAAAAAUCCUGGCCACAGAAUAGGGAAAGCAAGAAAAAGAGAAAGAAAAAGUAUGGCGAAGCAGAAGUGAUCUGAUGUCAAAAUAUUGUCUCACUGGAGUGAUCUGAUGUCAAAAUAUUGUUGGAUUGGAGUGAUCUGAUGUCAAAAUAUUGUCUCACUGGAGUGAUCUGAUGUCAAAAUAUUGUUGGAUUGGAAUGAUCUGAUGUCAAAAUAUUGUUGGAUUGGAGUGAUCUGAUAUCAAAUUAAUGGCACACUUGAGAGAUCUGACAUCAAAUUCAUGGCACGCUGGAGUGAUCUGAUGUCAAAAUAUUGUCACACUGGAGUGAUCUGACAGAGAAUGUCCUAUUGAAGUGUUCUGAUGUCUAAACAAUAUAACAUUGGAGUUAUCUGAUAUCUAAAUGUUGCAAUUGAGUGAUCUGAUAUCACACCAUGGCAUUGCAGUGAUCUGACAUCAAAUAAAAAUUGAGUUAUUUAACAUCAAACUGUAAUACUGGAGUGGUCUGACAUCACACCAGGACAUUGCAGUGAUCUGACAUUAAAUAAGAAUUGAGUGAUCUAACAUGGGAGUGGUCUGGCAUCACUAUCAUGUCACUUCUGACAUUUUGUGAAAUGUGCACCAUAUUGUUGUUUGUUGCAUGUGAGAUGUUUACUUUUGGUGCUAAGUUGUUGUAAUGUGCAAAAUUGUCUUUUUAGAAGUUUGGU